AUGGGGAAGAUACAACUCAUGGGGUCAAGGAACUUACGGAGGAGGGAGACAUCGUUACACUCGGAACUGGAAGCUUUAAAGUGGGCAAUGGAGAGCAUGAUACAACACUCGACUUGUCAAGAGUUUGGGACGGACUGCAAGGAUCUGAUAGCAAUGAUGGAACAGCCACAAGAUUGGCCCAACUUCUCAACUGAGCUUGAAAACAUUCAAACUCUUCGGUUGUGUUUUUCAGACUUCAAGAUUACCUAUAUUCCGAGGACGCAGAAUGAGAUUGCCGAUGCGCUUGCUAGAAAUGCACGUUCUUUUCAUAGAUCAUUAUGUUUUAUUGGUUGUUCUAUUCCGGUCUGGCUUCCCAGACCACUUCAAGUUUGA